AUGACCUUCACUUUGUCGCCAGAAACAUGGAUUCACGUAUUCGAGUACCUCAAUCAGAGCGAACUCGCUCCAAUGUUAUACAUCUCGCAUUCUAUGAAGGGGAGUGUCGAAGCAGUGCUUUACAAGGAAGUGGAAAUCGUUGACGCCAGGACGGGGGCGGGAAUCUCCCAUUUUGUCGACCAGUCCCAUCGAACAAUCACGAAAGAGGAUGGCCGUUUGGCUGGCGUUGUUCGAACACUCCCUCACUCAAUGGCAAGUUCACAUGCAGGAGCCACUCCCAGAAGAAGCACCCUUAACCGCUGCCCUUUACUUUCCUUACGCAACUUGAAGUACCUCGACGUAUUUUACCAUGGUGUGGUGCUCAUGCCUCCAGUCGUCGAUGCAACUUGCCAAAUCACCAGUACAACCCGCCUUUCGUAUCCUUCCAUCGUAAAGGACCCCAUUCCCUUUGCGGACUUCCUCGGAUCACUACCUGCAUAUGAUGCCCGACAGUUCUAUACGAUCUAUACCCCUGGCCCCCACCGCAUUACGCCUCCUCUGACAACUGCACGCGCUGGGUUAUUCCAAGAGAUCAAGCAUUUCAACAUCUUUUCGGAUCAUUGGGUGAAAAUUGGGGAUAUAGUGGCCGAGUCUGCGAUCUUCCUCCGGCAAACCAAAGUCGAGUACUUGCGAGCCGGCCUCGUUUGCGACGACAAUCAAGAGUUCGUUGAGUCGCUUUUCUGGCUCGUUCCCACUUUGAAGAUCUUCGAUUUCGAACGCAUAUCAUUCGAGACCGGGGAUGGGUAG